ACUAACAGGUCGCAGAGAUGAAAAUCUAGACACAGGAGCACAUAGAGAACUUGUACAGAAUAUUCAGCCAGUGGAGACCCCAUCAGACGUCUCUGCAGAACUAACAGGUCACAGUGAUGAAAAUCUAGACACAGGAGCACAAGGAGACCUACAGAAAAUUCAGCCAUCAGAUGUCUCUGCAAGUGACAUUAAUACUGACAUAGAUGUUAAAGCAGAAGAUCUGAGUGUAAUGUGUCAGCUGGAAGCUCCAAUGCAGGAAUUGUGUGACAGUGACAAUGCAGGUGAAAAAGAUGCUAAGAUUUCAUGUAACAUGGAACAAAUAGAAGAUCAGUGGCUAAGAAAUAUAACAGAAGCUGCAGAGCAGGAAAUAUGUGACAAUAUUAAUUCAGGUGAAAAGGAUGCUAAGAUUUCAUGUAACAUGGGACAAACAAAAGAUCAGUGGCUAAGAAAUGUCCAACCAUCAGAGCAGGAAAUGUGUGCCAAUAUAAGUACAGGUGAAUUUACAAACUGCAAUAAUCCUAGUCAUGAUCAGAGUCCAAAUGCUUCUUUAAAACUUCAAAAUCAAAGAAGCCACAUGGGAAAUUUAUGUACUGAAUGUGGGAAAUGUUUUCUUAAGAAAUCACAUCUUCUUAAACAUCUAAAAAUUCAUACAGGAAAAAAGCAAUUUUCCUGUCCUAUAUGUGGGAAAUGUUUUAACUGUAAAAACAUUCUUGUUGCUCAUCAGAAAAUUCAUACAGGGGAGAAAGGAUUUUCAUGUUCUGACUGUGGAAAAUGUUUUACUCGGAAAUCAACUCUUCUUAUGCAUCAACAAAUUCAUACAGGGGAGAAAGCAUUUUCAUGUUCUGACUGUGGAAAAUGUUUUAUCCUGAAAUCACAUCUUAUUAGGCAUCAAACAAUUCAUACAGGGGAGAAAGCAUUUUCAUGUUCUGACUGUGGGAAAUGUUUUACUCAGAAAUCAAAUCUCAUUACACAUCAGAAAAUUCAUACAGGGGUGAAAGGAUUUUCAUGUUCUGACUGUGGAAAAUGUUUUAUUCGGAAAUCAACUCUUCUUAUGCAUCAACAAAGUCAUACAGGGGAGAAAGCAUUUUCAUGUUCUGACUGUGGAAAAUAUUUUACUCUGAAAUCAACUCUUAUUAGGCAUCAAACAAUUCAUACAGGGGAGAAAGCAUUUUCAUGUUCUGACUGUGGGAAAUGUUUUACUCAGAAAUCAAAUCUCAUUACACAUCAGAAAAUUCAUACAGGGGUGAAAGGAUUUUCAUGUUCUGACUGUGGAAAAUGUUUUAUUCAGAAAUCAACUCUUAUUAGGCAUCAAACAAUUCAUACAGGGGAGAAAGCAUUUUCAUGUUCUGACUGUGGGAAAUGUUUUACUCUGAAAUCAACUCUUAUUAGGCAUCAAACAAUUCAUACAGGGGAGAAAGCAUGUUCUGACUGUGGGAAAUGUUUUACUCUGAAAUCAACUCUUAUUAGGCAUCAGAAAAUUCAUACAGGGGAGAAAGCAUUUUCAUGUUCUGACUGUGGGAAAUGUUUUACUCGGAAAUCAAAUCUCAUUACACAUCAGAAAAUUCAUACAGGGGUGAAAGGAUUUUCAUGUUCUGACUGUGGAAAAUAUUUUACUCUGAAAUCAACUCUUAUUAGGCAUCAAACAAUUCAUACAGGGGAGAAAGCAUUUUCAUGUUCUGACUGUGGGAAAUGUUUUACUCUGAAAUCAACUCUUAUUAGGCAUCAGAAAAUUCAUACAGGGGAGAAAGCAUUUUCAUGUUCUGACUGUGGGAAAUGUUUUACUCUGAAAUCACAUCUUCUUAGCCAUCAGAAAACGCAUACAGGAGAAAAAGCAUUUUUGUGUUCUGACUGUGGAAAAUGUUUUACUCGGAAAUCAACUCUUCUUAUUCAUCAAAAAAUUCAUACUGGUUCCCGAGAGACGUCCCAGCCCAUGUCUCUAAAUUGAUUAUUUUUGUCCUAGCGGCCACAAAACUGGCAGUAGCAAGGGCCUGGAAGCAACCCAACCCCCGGAUAUUGCAGUUGUUAUAUCUAUAAUGCAGGUAUACGCCAAAAUGGAACAAAGCUUCUAUUCUAACAUGGAUAAGGAGGACCUAUACUGGCAGAUUUGGGAGACUUGGUUUAAUUACCAAGGAGAUUACAGCUAAACAUAUAGGUAUGAUAUAACCCUUGCCACUUCCACUAUCAUAAUCAAACUUUCAUACCUAGUUAAGAUAUGCUUAUUAGCCAACGACUGCCGCCUCUUAAACCUAUUGUCAAAAUCUGACUAACCUCCCCUCUCCUGUACCCCCCUCCCUUUUACCUCCCCCCUCUCCCCUCUUACUCUCUUUCCUACAAAGUAGAACUUACUUCUUGCCCUAGCUCAUGUUUCCCUUUCCUAGUUAUCCUCUUACUAACAGCCCCCCCAGCCUGGGGCUGCGCACUACGAUUAAUAGAUGAAGUGUGUGGACAGGUAUUUCUAAGCUGACUGUCUGAAAACCAUAGAAUAAUUGAGUUAAUAUAUAGGACUGGAAGUUUACCCGGUCCCUAUAUUCGAGUUUGUUCAUACUAACUGGAAAAUUAGGUUUACAUGGUUGAUGUUUUACUCUAUACUAGACUUGCCUAAUCCACUCGCUCUACAUCUGCAUCAGUAGUUAGGUUUACUAUGUAAUUGCAACAAAAUAUUGUCUGUAUACUUGUGAACUUCCUGAUCAUUCAUGCUGUAACUUCUGUUGUGAUGUUUAAUCCUCAAUAAAAAGUUAUAUAAAAAAAAAAAAUUCAUACUGGGGAAAAAGGAUUUCCAUGUUCUAAAUGUGGAAAAUGUUUUAUCCUGAAAUCACAUCUUUUUAAGCAUCAGAAAACUCAUAUUAAAAGAAAUCAGAGUUUAACCUUCUAACUGAAGAGGAAUAAUAUGGUAGUUGUCACCCACACAAUACCAAGUGCUGAUGACUGCAUGUGACCCCCUGGGGCCUGUAGUUUUGGAGCUGUUUGAGGUCCCUUCUGCACCUCAAGCAUUUAUGAGGUGACCCCAGGGAUGAUUUGAUUUAAAAAUUAUGAUUUAAAUCACUAGUCUUUAAGACCAAUUUAGAUCAUGGUUUUCAUGUUUAGAAUAAGUUUUCAGAUUAUUUGUUUAUAGUUAUACCAGGCUAUUGCUAAAUUGGUUAUAUAUCAUUAGAUAUGCAUAGAUAAAUCAUUGAAAUGAAUGAAAUUAGUUGGAGGUGAAUUAUCUCCAGUUUAAUUGGUUAAUCAUUCACAUUUUAUCAACUUUUCACCUGUACUUUAUUGGAAGUAGGAAAAUUAUUACAUUAAUAACAAUAUAAAUAGUUUUAUUUUACUAAAACAAUAACAUUAUUUUUCAUUUUUAAUGCUUGGCCCUCCCUCCUCACACUUAGGUCCUUGUGCAGAUCUAUUCCACUCCAAACAAUCUUCUAUUCAGUGAGCUUCUUGAAACUUAAUAUGGGUUAAUUAUGUGUAUAUAGAUUUUCAGGGGAGCAAUGGCAUUAAAGGAAA